AUGUCAGAUGGAUUCAUCCCUAUAGUCUCCAUCUUCUAUUCCGUGUUCCAUCCAACGGAAGGUACGAAAAUAAUCCACCAGUUUCCUGAAAAUUUGAUAUCGACUAGUUCCACAAUCAAUGACGACAAUGAUGAAACAACCACUGGAUUAUUCAAUUUCGAUACUGUCAAGAACUAUGUCAUACCCAAACCACAAUUAUGCAAUCAAUUACUAUCUUUCAAAAUCAACAGUUUCAAAGUUAUUGGAUACCCUGUCAACAUGGUUAAUGAUCAUUAUGCAAGGAAUUCAUUUAAUUUUAAUUUUUGUUUUGUAUUCAAUUAUGAAUUAGGAGAUGUAAGUCCUUAUGAACCAGCAAUUAAGCGUAUGGGACAAAUGUUUCAGGUAUUGGAAGAACAAAAUUUCAUAUUGAGUAAAUUGGAUAAAGAUAAUUCAUUUUACAAAGAUAGGAGCGGCACUAGUGACAUGGAUACUACGCUGAAGAUUGAUGAAUAUGAUUUGGAAUUGUACGCUAAUAAAAGUCAACGAUCAGUGGCGGAGAAUGACGCUAGUGUCAAUGCACCGGGCCAUUCAAAAACCAAGAGAAUUACUUUAUCGUCGAUUGAGUCUUUGAUUCAACAAAUUUACCAAGAUUUGAAUAAUUAUUCCGAGUGUUGUAUCCCUUUGGAUAGUUCGAAUUCAGUAGAUAUCAAGUUGUUCCCAUUGUUGCCAGCACCGGUCAAUCUAAAAGCAUAUCAAGUGCCUAUAGCUACAGUUAAGCUAAAAUCGCUCGUUGAUGUCAAUUGGGAUCCAACAAUGGUGAAGAUUCUUCCUUAUAUUGAUGGCAUCAAUUCUGUAAAACGAAUAAGUGAGUUAGCUGAUGCAAAUUAUCUUGUCACAAAGCAAUGUAUUCAGCAUCUAAUGCAUUAUAAAUGUAUUGAAUUGAUUGAUAUUUUCCAAUUUAGCAACAUUUAUGCCCCUACUAAUCGAAUUGGUGAUUUUUUGAAAUCAGAUGGAAGAAUGGCGGAACAAUGCCAAGCAUAUGUCGUGACUAAUGGGUCAACUGAUUCAUUACGCUCUUCAUCAUUCACCAAUACACCAGCACAAAAUUCCCCUAAACCAAUGGCUGAAAGCAGUUCGCCGCUGACUUUUAAUUUCAGCAAACGUAUGCCAUCUGGUAGUACAUCACCGUAUAUGAGACAACAAAAUUUCUUAUCUCGAUCACCAAAGUCAUUUACUAUGCAGUAUGCCAAUGUGAAAGUUCCAACAAAGACUAGUUUGUUUUACUUGUAUCGAUCUUUGAAUCAGGGUCAAUCGAUUAAGGAAUGGUAUGUGCAACAUAAACAUUUAUUGACAAAUAUUGAUAUACGACGAUUUAUCAACUUUGGAGUAUUGCGAGGGAUUGUAUAUCGAGUAUAUUCCUAUCCCGUGUUGAAUCUAGUUACACGAUCAAUAGAAAGCAAUGAUUUGCUCCAACCUGAACAAAUUCUAAACAAUGUGAAACGAAGGACGAAACAACAACAUAAGUUGAAAUUGAUGCAACUAAAAGGAGCAACUGGGUAUGAUGAGCUAUUAAGGACCAGAGUUAAUGAGCAAACAUUGAAAACGGAAACAAAUCGUCGUGUUAGUUUUUCGUCAGUAGAUGAUAGGCAACAGCAACAACAUGAACAGUCUCGUAAGUUGAGUGUAAUGAACGAAGUGAUUGAAGAAGAUGACAGUUCAACAAGUGACGAAUCUGAUAAUGAGCAAUUGAAAAUGAAACAUAUACCACAGAAUAGAACACCUAGAUCACAUAGAACAUCCAGCUCUACUGCAUCAAAUAGAGUAACAAAUGACGACAAAAAUGACGAAGAUGACGAUGAAGGACAGUCAGCUCAUCAGAUGAGUGAAGAAGAAGAACAAGAGAUCAUUUAUUUGAUAAAGAUGUUGAAAGGGUUUCAACAUUUUGAUUCUAUAUGUACAGAAUUACAGAAAUCACGUACUGACGUUGAAAAAAUGAUCGAGAAAUUAGGAUCAUUCAGUGUAAUCAACUGUUAA